UGCACGAGGAAGCGACAGACAAAAACAAGAGACAGCAGUGCCAUUACGGGAUUAAAAACACAAUUACGGAUGUUGUGGGUGGCUCACAAGAAAAAUGUCAACUAAGGAGGGAGGAGUCGGAAAAAAUGGUCAACCUGUAGCCAUGUCGCCUGAAAGAAUGGCCACUGACAAAGGCAGAGAGAACCAGAACCAGCGUGAAGUCGAGGCAACGGGAAGCACCGCAGACACCAGCACAACAGCCAAAAACUUGGCUCUGCUUAAAGCACACUCUCUGGAUGUGAAGUUCGACGUCGGAGAGGAGUAUGAUGUCAUAGAAACCAUCGGCACAGGCGCCUACGGUGUCGUUUCGUCUGCCAGGAGAAGGGACAAUGGCCAGCAGGUGGCGAUAAAGAAGAUCUCCAAUGCUUUUGAGGUGGUGACAAAUGCUAAACGCACGCUACGAGAGCUCAAGAUUCUCAAGCACUUCAAACAUGACAACAUUAUCGCCAUCAAAGACAUCCUGCAGCCCAACCUUCCUCACUCUGCCUUCAAGUCUGUGUACGUGGUGCUGGACCUCAUGGAGAGUGACUUGCACCAGAUCAUACACUCUUCCCAGACGCUCACCUCGGAGCACACGCGCUACUUUCUGUACCAGCUCCUCCGUGGACUCAAGUACGUGCACUCUGCUAACGUAAUCCACCGCGACCUCAAACCCUCCAACCUGUUGGUGAACGAGAACUGUGAGCUCAAGAUCGGUGACUUCGGCAUGGCAAGGGGUCUAAGUUUACACCCCGAGCAGUCCCAUUCCUUCAUGACUGAAUAUGUGGCAACUCGGUGGUACCGUGCUCCCGAACUCCUGCUGUCGCUCAAUCAUUAUAGCUUGGGCAUUGACUUGUGGUCUGUGGGCUGCAUCUUUGCUGAGAUGUUGGGGCGUAAGCAGCUUUUUCCUGGGAAGCACUACGUCCACCAGCUCACGCUCAUUCUGGGUGUGUUAGGCACUCCUCCCGAGGGGUUGAUUAGUACCAUUAGGGCGGACCGAGUACGCUCCUAUGUUCAGAGUCUUCCAUCGCGGGCUGCUGUGCCUUUUGCCAAACUGUACCCGCAAGCGGAACCAGAGGCUCUGGACCUGCUGGUUGCCAUGUUGUGCUUUGACCCUCGUGAAAGAAUCUGUGUGACGCAAGCGCUGGAGCAUCCGUACCUGUCGAAGUACCACGACCAAGACGAUGAGCCAAUCUGCGUGCCAGCUUUUGACUUUGAAUUUGACAAGCUCCCAAUGAACAAGGAACAAAUUAAAGAGGCGAUUUUGAUGGAGAUCCAGGACUUCCAUCAAAACAAACAGGGCUGUCGUCAAAGGCUGCGGUUCAGGCCGCUGGCGAGGGCGAACGGCAGAGCUGUGGCACAAAGCGGUAACCAGUGCAAUGCGCAGCCCUCGACCAUUAACUUUAGUAAAUCAACACUGGUUCCUAUGGCACAACACCCACAAGCAGCACAGAUACAGCAAAUGAGAGACGUGAAGUCUCAACAGCAACAAGAUCACACACCAGCAGAAGGGAACCACACGUUCACAAAUCAGAUGCAAAACUUCAACAAGCCGGCGUCCCUUUUAAAAGGCGCCCCGCCUCAUGUGACCCAUGAUUUGCCUCUUCUUUCUAAGAGCGAAAGCGGCCCAGUUGAUGUGGACAUGCCCAGCGCCAACUCAGACAGCGGUCAGCCAGAGACUAUAGAUUUAACAACACCGGUGUCGAGUCAGGAUGCUCCGUUGGAGGCGAUGCGAGACGGUGAGGUACAGGAGCAGCUAACCGGAGGUCAGGCUCCUCUGAGACAGCCGAGCCAGGCCUUGACCCAGGCUCCCACCUCUGUUCCUGCAACACCAGCACAGACCAUGACACCCCAACCCACCACUAUGCCUUCCCUUUGUCUCUCUGUGGCACAGGCCCAGUCGCUGUCUCAGUCCCUUUCACAGUCACUGUCCAAGAAUGCCAGGCUGCCUCCAGGUGCCGGAGAGGGAACUAGGAAAGAAGGAGCUAUUUCAGAGGAUACCAAAGCUGCACUUAAAGCAGCUUUAUUGAAAUCAGCUCUUAGAAAUAAAGCCAGGGGUGAUGGAGGAUCUUCUGCUCUGGGCAUUGAGGCCGGUGCAGGAGGAGGUGUAUCGUCCUCCCUGUCUUCUGUUCCAGAUUUGCGUCGGCCUGUCACAGCACAGGAGCGUCAACGAGAACGAGAGGAGAAAAGAAGGAAGAGGCAGGAACGAGCAAGGGAGAGGGAGAAGAAGAUGAAGGAAAAGGAAAGAAGAGAGGGCAGACAGGGGGACUCGCUGGGCGGGGUUCUGCUGAGCGACGACGACAAAAGCCUUUUGCAACGUUGGACAAAGAUGAUGGACAGUCGAAAUGAGAGAACUCCGACUCCUGAUAACGACGGAGCAACGAAUACGGAUUGUAAUGUGAACUCGCAUCGCGGUGUAGCCGUCAGUGAUAACGCUCAAGGAGCACUGAACAAUAAAACGGGCAAGGAGGCCAGGUCUCAUGAACAGUUAAUCUCUCAGGUUAAACCUAACCAGCAGGGCGUGUUUCAGCCUCCCAGUACCCAGCAACCAUCACUGCUUUUCUCCAUGAGCCAGAGGAAACCUCCAGUGGAUAUAGUUGUUGCUGUGAGCGGAGGGAUGGACGUAAUGACCGUCACUAGUGGCUUUGUCAAGAACAACACGCUCAAACCUCACAGCGAGAGCAACGGACAGAGCGGUUUCAACUGUUUGGGGAGCUGGAACGGGCAUCAGUUAGAGACGAGACCACCACAACCACAACCACCACCCAACAGGAAGCCGCAGCCUGUACCGCCGAGCUUUCUUCAGCCCCAGCUCCAACCUCAAAGUCAAACGCAGCCGGACCCUCGACCGCAAUCGCAACUGCUUCCUCUGCAGAGUUUCUUGACUAAAGCUCCAACGUUAACCACCAGAGAGACCAAUGGGAAUAUCGGAUGCCAAAACAACCCCCAUCAUAACCCCGCGACUGCACCCGCUUGUCCGAUGGAGAAGCUGUGUCCCUCAGUCGGAGAGAAAUCUGGGCCACAGACCGCCGCACACCCUCUCUGUGGGGCUUUAGGGGUCCCCUCGCAGCCUCAUCCCAGUUUAGGAUUCACAGAUACCGGACAGCAAGGGCCCCCCAUUGCCCCCGACAUCCAUACAGUAACACUGCAGCUCUCAAAGUCCCAGGUAGAGGACGUUUUGCCCCCGGUGUUCUCGGUCACCCCUAAAGGCAGUGGGGCCGGGUAUGGCGUGGGCUUUGACUUGGAUGACCUUCUCAACCAGUCUCUCACAGACCUGCAGCACUGUGACAGUUACGACUCGGCCCCCCUCUCGGCUUCCCUGUUAUCUGAUUGGAGCGAGGUUCACCGCAUGACUCCAGCUGAUCUGGAAUCCCUGCAGCAGGAGCUGCAACUCGGCUCUCCCAUGAUCCUCUCUGAUAACAUUCCCCCCGAUGCCUGACCUUCCCUGCCUGGAAUUUAAAGACAGCUCUUGGAUUUGUGUAAAUCUUAGAUUUUUAGUAUUAAAACCUUGAGUGAAGCUCAAAUUAAUAUAAAAGCUAGCUUUUUUUUUUUUUUUUAAAAUGGGCAUUACCAAGCCAUCUUUUUUUACCAUUAUGACUCUUUAUAAUAAAGAAAAAUGUCAUCACCCGUCUCUGCCUCUGGAUAUUUUAUGAACAAUAAAAGGAGCAAUUUAAACAAAGAUCAAGUUGGUUCUCUGUGAGAAAGGACAUUAAGAUUACUUUAAUUCAUUUAAAACAAACAUUUGAAUAACAAAAAGCUGAAAUAAUUGACAUUACAGAAAGGUGUCCUGAAAAUUAGGUAAUAUUUGUUCCAAAAAACAGGUUUGUUAUUGACCAAAGGCAACCGCUUCAGUACUUAUAAGUGGGUGUGCUAGAGGCGGAUAUAAAAGAUUACCCCAUAAAAGAUUACCCCUUAAAGAACACAAAUGAAUCUUUGAUCCAUGAACAUGAUUCUGGUAAAACAUUUCCAAACUCGGCUAUCACAAGUUGAACAGAGCACUGACCUGAUUUUAAGAAUCAAAUUAACAAUUUAUUUCAAAUACAGAACACAUCACUUAUGAUUAUAAUGCAAAGUUACAGUUCUAAAAAUGAAGAUUAUAUUACAG